AUGGACUCUUCUAAUUCCGAGUACACACUCUCAAGCGAACCAUCCUCAUCGCAUCGUGAAACAUCCAUUUACGGCAGCAGCAGCAACAGCAAUGGUAAAUCAGACACUUUGGAUGCAAAUACGACCAACAACAACAAUCGCAAAAACUCGGCUAGUUCUGUAGGCAGUGGCUCUCAUUCCUUUACGCAGCGUCUCAUUGACCGUGGCGUUGCUGUACCAAGCUCGUUCAGUAACUGGGAAAAGCUCAAGGCAUCCGACGACGCUUUUUUCAGUCCAGGCUCAUUUGAUUUUGAUUCACAUUAUGGAAUGUCGCCCUUCAUUACGCCUUCCUUCUCUACCACGACAGCAGGAACAACCGACAUGGAUGGAUCUUUGUAUAAAUCGCUCAAACAUCGUUAUGAAAAGGAACGAGUAGGUAAUUUAUCGGCUCGUAUAAUCACAGAUGAUGAGGAGGAGCCUGCUUUAUCUAGUACGACGACAACGUCUCCCUUGAGCGCUCUUCAAUGCCAAAAGAAGAAACAACGUGCUGAGGACAGCGAUAUUGAACUCUCAGACGAGGAAGAUGCAACCAUGACGUUGGAAAAGCUGCAAUUACCGCUUACUCAACGCUCACGUCGAUCUCGUUCUCCAUUGUCGUUUCCACCAACCAAUGUGAACUCUACCACUGCCACUAAUACAUCAGGCCCUACAGUACCAGCACCGCCACCAGAUGGCAUUUUUGAUCUUAUGAAAGCACAAAACUAUAACGACAUGUAUGAAAAAGCGCCCACGUUGUCACCUUCUGUGCAAAAGAUCAAGCAAUUAUUAACCACAGCACCACCACUGGCAGCAGCAACAACACCAUCUCAACCGGCAGCAGCAGCAGCAACACCCACACCUCCUGCCAAGCAACAACAACCAUCCACCAAACCGUUACCCAAUCCACCCAGACAGCAUCUGUUACAUACCCCCGUCUUCCAAGUCGUCAAUGCCAAUACUGUCAAAGACCGUUAUCUCUUUCUUUUCAACGACUUGCUAUUGAUUUGCAAGCCCAUCAUGGAUGAAAACAUCAUUGUGAGUUCCAGCAGCAGUAGCAACAACAGUGCCAAUAGACACGGCAGCAGCAGCAGCAGCCAGGAAAAGAACCGAUAUCGCUUUCGACCCAAUGAACAUUCACUGUUCCAAGUCAAGAAUAUUGUGCAAUUGGGCCAACUGACCCUGUACAUUAGCAAAGACGAUCUUUACCAUGCCUCAAAUGCAAGCCCCGUCACCAUUGAGAUGGGCCCUGAUGGAAGGCCCAUAUUACCACCUGCUCGCAAAAUCCACCCCAUCAUGGCAUCUGCAUUACGGAAAUUCGAAACCAACGCCAACUUGGGUAUCCAGUAUCUGAUCGACAAAGGUGUCUUGACCAACGAUCCUCUCAGCAUUGCUAAUUUCCUGUUCAAGACACCCGAUCUCAAUCGUCGUCAACUGGGCUACUAUUUGUCGGAUCUCAAGAACAGCGAUGUGUAUGAUGCUUUCCUCGAGUGCUUCCGUUUGGUGGGAUUGCGGUUGGACGAGGCAUUGCGUAUUCUACUGACAACGUUUCGAUUACCCAGUAAUUGGGAGGCACUCGAGUACUUGAUUGAGCGGUUUGCAAAGAAAUGGCACGAUGCCAAUCAAAACGUCAUCAAAUUCCAUGAAGACAUGGUGGUCAAGGUGGUGGUGGCCAUGUUGUUUCUGAACGCCGAAUGCUGGUACGAUGCGACAUCUGAGCGAGAUGUGUUUUGGUAUGCGCGUGAGCUCAAGGAACGUCAAGACCGUCAAGCCAAGCGAAAGAUGAGUGUGAUUGAUUACCAGAGACCCAACGCUUUGCAGAAACCUUCUACGUCGGCUACAACAUCGAGAGCGCGCCAAAGCGUGGCUGUGGAGCCAUUGCACUACAUUAUGUCCCUGAGAGCACGAGGCAACAGUCAGCCUACAUUGGACGAUUUCUUGGAACGUUGGAAUUACUAUGAUCAGUACCACUUGGUGCCUCGUGAGUUUAUGGAGGAAAUGUACAAGUCGAUUGGCGAGGAGAGACUGGAAACUGGAUGGGACAACAAGACGGGCAGAAGGAUCCAGACAAUAACACAGGAAUACAACGCUGGCGUAGGGAGACCUAAAGUUGUGUCUCCCUCCGUGCAACAAGGUUCACAGGAUGUAGUGAUCACCGUGAUUCCGCAUCGAUUGCCUACUAGACUCACCAAGGGGCUUCCCUCCAAUCCCAUCACCAUCUCUAUCCCAGCGCCUGACGCAGGUCUGCAGAUCAAGCUGCGUGGUCAAGAUUUGGUGUUUGAGCCCAACGUACUUGAUUUCUCUCAGUCUUGCAUCCAAACAUUCACCAUCACAGGUAACACACUGGGCAGAACAUCGCUCAUGUUUAUCAAGACGGGUGAGAAUGCCGGUAAUUAUGUGAGUCCUACCUUGCCUAGAACAAAGAGUGUGGUUGUGGAAAGACCCUUUAUGCGAUACACGUUCCAAAUUGGCUUCAAGCAUGUGGAUCAUGACAAGGACAAGAAAAAAAUGCUAAUUGAGGAAGAAGAAGGCACCCGCAAAAAGGAAGAAGACACCAACAUCAAGUCUGUCAAGAAGUCUAGAAAUGCGACUCGCAGAAACAGAGAUGAAAAGCAACAUGAUGAUGAUGACGGCGACGACGACGACGAAACGGAGCGACAGCCACAUAUGGUGAACCGCAAAUACACGUUCAGUGUCGAGACAGAGGAGGAACGCUUCGAGUGGCUAGGGGCUUUGAAGCGAUUGAGCGGUUAUGUCAAUGAGGAGCGCAAUCCAACCAGCAUUGCUCAAUUACACAAUAUGAGCUCUGAAGCCCGUGUUGCUUUACAGGUUUUAAAGGAGGUGCUAUUAGCAGACGAGGUGAAAAAAGGAACAGCUCGUACCAGCACCACCACAACGACCAACAACACGAGUGCCAAUGUCAAUAAAAACAGCACAACGAUCAACAGCACAACGUCCAAUAAUAAUGCAAGCGCUACUACGAGUCCCUCAGAACACGACGAUCCCAACAACCGCCAUGAUAGAACCAUGCGUUUACUAUUACCAGCCAAAAAGAAAAAGGAAGACGAUCGUAAUUCUAUCAUGACCACAGCAACGUCAACUUCGACAACAGCAAAUGUGGUGACAAAGAGGGGAUAUGAGAUUGUCAAAUUGGUCGUACAGAACUCCAUGGUGCCUCUUGUACUGGGCUUCCUCAAAAGUCAAAUACCCACGGAUCAAUAA